GUUAAUGUAUUUUAAAUGUAUUACUAUUUAGUUUAUAUACUAUAUGCAUUAAUUCAAUUAAUACAAAUAAAAUUCAAUACACUUUCUUAUUCAGUAUAGCCAACUCUUAUUGUUGAAAUUUUCAUCACCAGCUCCUGCUCUAUGAAUUCUAUAAAUUAUAUUUUCUACAUAAUAUUUGACAUACAAUUUCCUUUCAAUAGAGUAUAGCAUCUAUAUGUAAUAGUACCGUAAUUUACAUCUGAGUAAAGAAUACUUUCAAUUUCAUUAUGUUGUUCACUUAAACAGACAUUUAAGUGCAUUAAUUGCAAGCAAAAAUUCAACAAAUCUAAACCAAAUUAAUUUGCAUUCAAAUAGCCUACAUUUGGUUUCUAUUAUAGGCUAAACUGCACUGUAAACAUGACUCUUAGUUAGGUGAAUGACUCUAACCAACGAACCAACUUGAACUUGAGUAGAAAUGAAAAGCUUGAAAUAAUAACCACUCAGUGUCUCUCUUGUUUAAUGCGCAUGCACCAAAAUACUACGUCAUGACGGCGCACUACUUCACCAGAUUUAGAAAAAUGUUUUGUGUAACUGCAAUGUGUGUGUGUGUGUGUGAGGGAACAAACAAGAAGGGAACAACAGAGCGCCACGUUUAGAUGAUUACAGAUGAGACAUGUAUGUACUGCAGACAAUGAAUCAGGUUACAAACCAAUGGAUGAGGUCAGUAGCUUUGAUGUGGUAAAUACAGGAACAUCCUUCAUGUCCCAGUGUCAGUGAAGAUGGUGUGGUCAUUGGAAUUCUACAUCUUCCAGUAUUCUUCUACAAUGUUUGCCUGAUGAUUUAGGAAUUGUUCUGGACUUCCCUGCCUCAUUGGAACAUCUCCGUUCACACACUGUGGAGAGAUAGUGAGCAGCUUCAUGACAAAAUGGCCAUCCCAGCAGUCCGUCUCCUAUGCCUGGAGCAACUGGACCGUUCGCUGGAGGACCACACCAGGGACUUUUUAGAUCUGGCAUGCCUUACCCACUUCCCCGACCGGAGUAAGGCACGCCUGCCAGCGAACAGUCCCCAAGAGGAUUUCGCCACUUUUGUGGAGUGGGUGCUGGAGAAAAAUGGAUCUGCAUGGACCAUCAGCACCGCCGAAGAGGAUAACUCCAUCCCCACUCCCGACCCAGAGACCAGCCAGCCACCAUCACGCCACAUGGUGCCAGAGCCCACCGCAGCCGCAGAGCCCGAGCCAUCCACCGACAGGAAGCAGGAUCUCGAGAGCGCGACUGACCAGGUGUGCGAGCCGGCAACACCGUGCAUCGUGGGAGUCCUCGUGGAGAUCGAGGGCGUGGAGGAAAGCCCUGCCCACACUCCUGCGACUGAGGGUGAGCUGUAUGCGAUCUCGGGAAAAAACAUGGAGCAACUUAUGGAUCUGAUGGACUGGUCUAUGGAGGUAAUCCCUAAUUUUCCUGUUUCUCCGCUGGUUCCGUCCAGCCCUGAUUCCCCUGUAUACCCUCUCAGUCUCCCACUCCUACCUCCUCCAGUCAUUUCCUCUGCUCCAUUUCCGCUGGUUCCAUCCAGCCAUGAAUUUUCUGUUUCUCCGCUGAUUCCGCCCAGUUCUGAAUCUUCUUUGUCUCCGCUGGUUCCGCCCAGCUCUGAAGUUUCUGUGUCUCCUGUAUUCCCUCCCAGCCUCCCUCUCCCACCUCCUCCUAGACCUGCCACUGAUGGUUCCGGGGGUUAA